AUGAAAGAGAAAGAUACAGCCAAAGGAAAUUUACUUGAAAAAAUUCAUGAUGUUAUCCAAAAGGUCUAUGUUUAUACUCCUCAGGAAUGCUAUGAAGCUAUGAAAGAAUAUGAGUUACUUUUAGAGCUUCAUUAGAAGAAGAUUAUGAUUUUGAAAGCUCCUAAAAGGCAAAAAUACAAGCUGAUAUUUUAGCGUAAUUUGGAAAUAAUGGGGGAUACAAAUAAGAAAGUUAGAGAGUACUGUGUGAUUAUAGUCAGAAAUUUGAAGCAUUAGUUAGGAUUCAAAGAAGUUGAUGAUAAUCAAGAUUAAAAUUCUUUUGACUAAGUAUAUGAAAAAAUGCUAGAAAAUAAUGAAGACUAUGAUAGCGUUUUUUCAAGUGAAUCAUUAAGCUCAAGAUUCACACCACAGGAUCCCAAUGACCACUUAACAUUGGAUAAAGUUCAUAGCGACUAUGUAUAGUCAAUGGUAUCUCAUAAUGACAUUGCCCAGACUAUACUAUAAAACGAAAAAAUGUUUAAUUCUUUAGGAGAACUCAUACUUAAUGGAGAAAAAGAUACUAAAAUCGAAAAUUAAAAUAAAAAUAGUAUGAAUUCUAUUGAGCCCAAAGAACAAAUAAUUAUUGAGGAAUCAAAAUAAUAAGAAUUUUAACCAAAAAUAAAGCUAACAGAAAGUAACUUCGAUCUAGCUUAUAAUAAUAUUAUAGAUAACAUCACUUAAUUUUGUGAUGAAGAAGAAUCUAAAGUUACUAAGGCUAUGAUUGAGGAGAUAGUAAAAUAAGAAAGUUCUAACACUCUUGAAUCAUAAAAUGUUUAAAGUCAAAAUUUCUCAACAAACUGUUUAGAUGAUACUGAAUUCACUAAGCGAAUGUUGAAGAUUUAUGAAGAGAAAAAUUUUGAAGAUCAAAGUUUAAUAAACAAGUUCAAACUGUAACAAGAAAUAGUUAAUCCACAUGCAUGUACACUAGUAGUUAUUUGUGUAUUAAGGCUAUUUGAAAUCAUAAAUGAUCUAAGUUAGUAAGCAUUAUCAAGUGGAAAAAGAAUCGAAUCAACACUAAUAAAAAGAAUUUAUAUAACAUGCGCCAAAGCCUAUGUAUCUGAUUUGGUACUCUACUCUGCUAUGUCAGCUCCAUCCUAGGAUUUAUUUUAUCAAGAGACUUAUACCUCCUCUUGGAGACUUCUUAUUGAAAAUUUUGACUGUUAUAGUUUUCCUGAUAACUCUAAAGUAGUGAAAGCUUACAAGAAUUUCUUCUCUUAUGUUGCAGUAGGAAAAGCGAUAAUUAGUAAAAACAAUAAAUCAGAUGGUAUUGUUAAAAAGGCUUUCAAGUAUAGUUAUUUUGGUGCUUAUUAUUUCCUGUAGAGGAAAAAAUGUAAUGAUUAUAGUGAUCUCAUUAAUGCUAAUCCUGAUUUGAACUUAAGUGUAGAACUCUGGAAUCUUUUAGACAAUAAAAUUGUGAUGUAAGCGAUGGAAAUAUUGCUACCUUCCAUCAAAAUUAACAAAAAGAUAUAUAUACCAAUGAUUGAUACUAUUCUAACCAAAGAUAAUAUAAAAAAGUUGCCUAGUUUUGAGGACGAAAAGAAACAGGGAAGAUCCUUUGAUGAAGGUAGAAAAAGCAUUCAUAAAAUACUAGCUAGAAAUAGAAUGAAUUUAGUAAAUAGCGGUGGGGAAAUAGAGUUCGAGGAUAUAUUUAUUGAACCUUUAAUUAACUAAAAAAGCAAAAAUUAUAAUUCAAACACUCAUGUUAUGGUAAGGAUAUUAUCUUCCAAAAAGUUAGGAGUCAACCUAAAUACUGGAAUAAUUUAUGACGUUAAAUAAAAGAUCAAUUAAGGAUAAGUAAAAAAACCCAGUAUUUUGACUUAGAUGUAUAAAAAUGUAAGGGACAGGUUUAUCUCAAAAAUACCUAGAUAGGAUGGAGUCAUUAUUCAUGUUCAUGGUGGAGGUUUUGUAGCAAUGAGUUCGGGAAGCCAUUAAAAUUAUUCAAGAGUAUGGGCUAAUGAAUUAGGAGCACCCAUUUUAUCAGUUGAUUAUAGAUUGGCACCUGCUAAUCAGUUUCCAGAUGCAUUGAAUGAUGUUUGGCAGGUCUAUUACUGGGUUGUUUAAUACGGAGAGUCAUAUUUAGGAGUAAAGAUUGAUAAAAUAGUAUUGGUUGGUGACUCUGCAGGAGGAAACUUAGUUGCUGCAGUUACAAUCAUGGCUAUUGAAAGAAAUUUUAGAGUACCAGAUGGAGUAAUUCUUUGUUACCCAGCUUUAAGUUUAGAUAAAUUUAGAUUUACCCCUUCACUGCUUUUAGGAAUAGAUGAUCCAAUCUUGCCAUAUCCAUUUUUAAAGAUGUGUAUAGAUUCUUAUACUGGAGAUUAUUCAUAGCAUCCAGAUUGUGAUCCAAGAAUAAAUUAAUAUUUAUCACCUGCUUGUGUUUCUGAUACAACUUUGUAGCAAUUUCCACCUUGUAGAAUAAUGGUUGCAUCUAAUGACCCUUUAAGAGAUGAAAGUUUUAAAUUUACAUUGAGAUUAGCAAAGCUAAACAGAGAUGUCAAAUUAAAAGAGUAUAUGUAUAUGCCUCAUGGUUUUUUAAAUUAUAAUGCGCCUAUGCUUGGGAUGAAAGAAGAAUCAAAUGAAUGUAUAAGCUAAUGUAUUACUUGGAUUAAGGAGCUAAUCUCUUAAAACUGA